AUGUACCGCAUGGGCUUCCUUUCCGAGGAUCCCAAGUCCGACUUCCCCCGAACCCUGGCCAUCACCAUGGUCUGCGCCUUCUUUGGCCUCUUUGCCGCCGUGCCGCUUCGCAAAUUCUUCAUCAUCGACCUGGCAAGAGAGCUAAGCCUAGUUUUCCCCACCCCAGCGGCCACUGCCUUGGCCAUCCGGUCCAUGCAUGCGGUAGGGUCGGGCGCACAUGAUGCUACGAGGAGGAUCAAAGCUCUCGGCUUCUCGUUUCUCGGCGCCUUGACACAUAUUUUUGUUUCUCAAUACGCCAAUGGAAUACUCCAUGAGUGGCACCUCUUCACUUGGAGCGGAUACACCAACUGGGCCAUCAAUAUUGAGAGCUGCGGCCGGUAUAUCCAACUGACGCCUGCAUUCUUUGGCUCCGGUGUUCUGGUCGGUCUCAAUGCCGCCCUUUCUUGGUUUCUCGGCACCGUGGCUGCUUGGGGCCUGAUCGGCCCUCUGCUGGUGCACUACGGCGAAUGCGCCGGCGAACAGGUCGGUCAAGGCAAGUGGGCGGAAUUGACCAGUUUCAACAAGUUGAACGACAUCAACAAGCCCGGCCUGCUUGCUCGGGAUCGUCUUUGCCUUCCUCAGCAUCCCUUCCUCAGCAUCUACGGCGGCGGCGUGACCGACACGGCGCCCCUGACGGCAUCAUCAAAGGCCUCGCAGUUGGUGUACGGCGGCAUCACCAAGGGCAAUUACCGGGUCGCCGACGCACAGCGAAUCAAUCUCAUUGCCGGCAACAUUGCCUCUGGCUGUGCAGACGUUUCCAACAGCUUGGUUUGCGACUUUCGUGUGGGGUUUCUCCUCAAGACCCCUCCCAAGUACCAAUUCUACGCCCAGGCCCUGGGAGCCCUGGGAGCCCUGGUCUCGGUCUUUCUGGCCCCGGGAAUAUUCGUCCUCUUCAUGUCCGCAUACCCAUGUGUAUGGCGGACCGACCUGUCAAACGAAGAGGUGCUGCGAUGCCCCUUCAAGGCCCCCUCGGUGGUGGCGUGGCAGGCCGUUGCGCAGGCCGUCACGGCACCCAAGAUUCCCAUUCCUCUCUCUUGCACCAUCUUCUCCAUUGCCAUGGGGGCUGUUUCCUCCCUGCAGGCGGUGGUCAAGAACCUUUAUCUGGUGGGGUCUCUGGCCUGGGUUUUGGGUGCGGACAGUGGCUACGCCAAUGCCAUUUUAUUCGGCAGCGUCACGGCGUGGUGGUGGAAGAAGUACUUUGGCACGAACUUUGACACGUACGCCUUCUCUGUCGCCGCGGGCCUGAUAGCUGGCGAAGGUUUGGGAGGCGUCGUCAACACUGUGCUGACACUCGGGGGCGUUGAUGGCCUCAUCAAGGGCACUCUUCUCGGGCUGCCCGGCGAGGAUUGGUGA